AGCUGGGCGGCUUUCCAAGUGUCGUGAGCGAGGCAGGCGAGGAGGGAAGCAGGGCACUCGGGCAGCGGCCGCGGGGGAGCAGGGGGACGCGAAGCAGCCGAGGCCUUGCAGCGGAGGACGCGAGCGGCACGCCAGGCCGGGGGAAGCACCAGGAAGGGCCUGCAGUCGAGCAGCCAGCAUGCCCGCCUCCGGAGGGGACCCCAAGGGAGAGGAUUAUUCCACAGCCAUCCUACGCCAGAAGCAUCGUCCAAACCGCCUCAUUGUAGAUGAAGCGGCCAAUGAAGACAACAGCAUUGUGAGCCUGUCUCAGGCCAAGAUGGAAGAGCUGCACUUGUUCCGGGGGGACACGGUGCUGCUGAAGGGGAAGAAGCGCCGGGAGACAGUCUGCAUCGUCCUCACGGAUGACUCCUGCCAGAACGAGAAGAUCCGCAUGAACCGCGUCACCCGCAACAACCUCCGUGUGCGCCUCGGAGACGUGGUCAGUGUGCAGGCUUGUCCGGAUGUGAAGUAUGGAAAGCGGAUCCACGUCCUGCCCAUUGACGACACCAUUGCAGGCUUGACUGGGAACCUCUUUGAAGUUUACCUCAAACCCUAUUUCCUCGAGGCCUAUCGACCUGUGCACAAAGGUGACAUUUUCCUUGUGCGAGGCGGGAUGAGGGCUGUGGAGUUCAAGGUUGUUGAGGUUGACCCCAGCCCCCACUGCAUUGUUGCUCCUGACACCAUCAUCCACUGCGAGGGGGAGCCCAUCAAGCGAGAGGACGAAGAGGAAAGCCUCAAUGAUGUCGGCUACGAUGACAUUGGAGGCUGCCGUAAACAGUUGGCUCAGAUCAAGGAGAUGGUGGAGCUGCCCCUGAGACACCCAGGGCUCUUCAAAGCUAUUGGUGUGAAGCCUCCACGAGGGAUUCUUCUUUAUGGUCCCCCUGGCACUGGGAAAACACUUGUUGCCCGUGCUGUUGCAAAUGAAACUGGAGCCUUCUUCUUCCUUAUCAAUGGCCCAGAGAUCAUGAGCAAACUGGCUGGGGAAUCGGAGAGCAACUUACGCAAAGCCUUUGAAGAGGCAGAGAAGAAUGCUCCAGCCAUUAUCUUUAUUGAUGAGCUGGAUGCCAUUGCCCCUAAGAGGGAGAAGACACAUGGAGAAGUGGAACGCCGCAUUGUGUCCCAGCUGCUCACACUCAUGGAUGGCCUGAAGCAGCGCUCACAUGUGAUAGUCAUGGCGGCUACAAAUCGGCCCAACAGCAUUGAUCCUGCACUGCGCCGGUUUGGGCGCUUUGACCGAGAAAUUGACAUUGGGAUCCCAGAUUCCGUGGGAAGGCUGGAAAUCCUGCAGAUACACACCAAGAACAUGAAACUGGCCGAUGACGUGGACCUGGAGAAGGUGGCCAACGAAACGCAUGGGCAUGUGGGUGCUGACCUGGCAGCUCUGUGUUCUGAGGCAGCACUCCAAGCCAUCCGCAAGAAGAUGAGCGUCAUUGACCUGGAGGACGACACGAUCGAUGCUGACAUCCUCAAUUCCAUGGCUGUCACUAUGGAUGACUUCCAGGUGGGCCAGCUCUUGGCAACCCAAUAG